CUGGAUCACACACGUGCUCACUCACGCAAGCAGCCCUCCUCAACGUCCUCAAGAAAAAUGGCCGACCAAAAGACGACACCGACGAAUCCCAUGAAGGAGCCGAAGAUUGAGAAGCUCGUCAUCAACAUCUCGGUGGGCGAAUCCGGUGAUCGUUUGACUCGUGCAUCCAAGGUUCUGGAACAACUUACUGGUCAAACCCCCGUCACAUCGAAGGCUCGGUACACCGUCCGAACAUUUGGCAUUCGCCGUAACGAAAAAAUCGCCGUUCACGUUACCAUACGUGGCCCGAAAGCUGAGGAGAUUCUUGAGCGUGGCCUCAAGGUCAAGGAGUACGAGCUCCGCCGACGCAACUUCUCAGAGACCGGAAACUUUGGGUUCGGUAUCCAGGAGCACAUCGAUCUCGGUGCCCGGUAUGACCCUGGUAUUGGUAUAUUCGGAAUGGACUUCUACGUCGUGAUGGGUCGGCCUGGUGCUCGAGUAGCUCGCCGGAGGCAGCAGAAGACUCGUGUUGGUUUCCAGCACCGCAUCAAGAAGGAGGACACCAUGAGCUGGUUCAAGCAGCGUUUCGAUGGUAUUAUCCUUAAAUAAAUGCCUCGCUUCGUUUCUAUGCUACUUACUCUAUGCACACAUGCAAUCGGUCUUACCUGCUUGAGUCCUCGUCUUUUGUAACAGAACACUUGUGCAUGAAACUCGGGUAGGUUUUCACGAAACGUGACUCCCAUUCCCAGCUUGGGAUCGAACGCUGCUGUAAUACAAUGUAGAUCCGAGCCCAUAAGUUGUACACAAAUCACAAAACGUUGUGCUGCGUAUGCGAAAGAUCCGUACUGGUGCCGAUCUGGUGAUGAGGUUAUUGAUUGAAGCUUGUAUACUAUUAUUUGCUAGCGCCUUCAUCGCGAUCUGAUUUUUCUGAGCUGCUCACUGCCUGCAACGCACAAUGUCUCGAUUCUUCAGGAACGCAAACGACUCCGAUUCUGAGUCCUCUGAUGAAGAGGAGGAGGUGCUCAUGUCUAGUGACGAUGAGGCACCGGUCCAGCAGCGUCCUGUUGCUGGUGCUCGAGGCAAUGCUAUGGACCGUUUCCUGUACACUGCCGGAGGAUCUUCUGACAGCUCCGACGACGAUUCAGAAAGUGACGAUGACUCGGACGACAUCGAAAGUGAUGAAGAAGAGCCACAACAAGCCGUUCGGAUAAAAAGCGCGCAAGAGAAACGGUUGGAUGAGAUGGAGGCAACGGGCAAGGUCAUGGAAAACGCUUUGAAAAUCAAUGACUGGGUCGCCAUAUCAAACGAAUUCGAUAAACUUGCGCGUAUGAUUCAGCGGCAGCAUAACGUCUCGGAACCGAUCCCACCCUUCUACAUCCGGACUCUGAUCAGCCUUGAAAAUUCCAUCAACAAUGCUCUGGCCAAGGAAAAGGAGGCCAAGAAGAAAACUAAUGCCACCAAUGCCAAGGCCAUGACCGCAAUGAGGCAGAAAGUCAAAAAGGCACUGAAGGAGUACGAGGGCGAUGUUACCAAGUUCAAUGCUGAUCCUGAAGCCUUUGAACGCGAAUACACCGCCCUGCUUGUACAAAGCGCACCGGCACCGACAGCAGGUGUACCCCGACCGUCAACUACACCUGCCGACAGAGAUGCUGCCGAUGACGGAUUCACGACUGUUUCCAAGGGCGGAAAGUCACUUCAGUUUUCUGCAGAUGUGGUCCUCAAGACGCUUCAGGCUGUCCAGGAAGCUCGCGGCAAAAAAAACACCGAUCGUGCUGAACAAAUUCGAAUCCUCGAGAAGCUGCUCGAGGUCGCAGCAACCCCGUACCAGCGACUCAGGGUGUUGCUCUCCCUUGUGUCCUCGCGAUUUGACUACAACUCCUCGAUCACAUCCCAUAUGUCGAUCGAGCUCUGGCUGGCUGCCCAACGGGAAGUCGAUCAGCUUCUCGGUCUAGCGAUGUCCAAUCCUAGCUAUGUGAUCCAGGAGGUCACGGAAGACUACGACGAGUUGAAGGAACGCAGUCCUGAGGACCCUGAAGAACAGGGCGGAAUAGUCCGUGUCCGGGGCAGCAUCAUCAGUUUCGUGGAUCGCCUGGACGAUGAAUUCACGAAGAGCCUACAAAACAUCGAUCCCCACGGAACAGAAUACGUUGAUCGCUUGAAGGACGAGAAGGUCCUCUACUGCACGAUCUGUCGCGCCCAGGCAUUCUACGAACACUCCAAAGGAGAUGAGCCUCUUGCUCGUGUUAUCAUGAGAAGGCUCGAACACAUCUACUCCAAGCCAGACCCUGUCGUUCAAGUCUUGGAGACAGCCGUGGACACAUCGGCGCUGAAACCCUCCACCAUGCGAUUGUCGCUUCUGGGCGCAACUUCGAGCCUGAUUCACGAUCUAUGCGUUCAUCUGUACAAGUUUGGCAACUCACUGCUGCGCACCCGCGCCAUGCUCAGCCACAUCUACCAUUAUGCACUGCAUAACGACUUCCAUACGGCACGGGACAUGCUGCUUAUGUCCCAUUUGCAGGAGACGAUCCAUUCUGCCGACGUUGGAACGCAGAUUCUGUACAACCGAACCAUCGUGCAAUUGGGUCUGUGCGCUUUCCGUUGCGGUCUGAUCAAAGAGGCGCAGGCCACUCUGCAGGAGAUCUCGACGACGCAGCGAGUGAAAGAGCUGCUCGCUCAGGGCCAUACUCAACGUUUCCAAGUCCUGACCCCGGAGCAAGAAAAGGCAGAGAAGCAGCGUCAGAUGCCAUUCCACAUGCACAUCAAUACCGAGCUACUGGAAGCAGCCUUUCUGGUCUCCAGCAUGCUGAUCGAGAUCCCUCUGCUUGCCAGCAUCGAUUCGGAAGAGCUGAAGCGCAAGGCGAUAUCCAAGCCGUUCCGACGUCUACUGGACUUUGCUGACCGUCAGGUGUUCACUGGCCCUCCAGAGAGCACACGGGACCAUAUCAUGCAAGCCAGCAAGGCGCUGCAAGAAGGCGACUGGGAGCAGUGUCGCGAUCUCAUCCAAAGCAUCAAGAUCUGGAGUUUGAUGCCCGAAGCAGCAUCGGUGAAAGACAUGCUCGCUCACCGUAUACAGGAACAGGGCCUGAGAACUUACCUAUUUACAUUCGCCCCGUAUUACACGACGCUUUCUCUGUCCGUACUUGCGCAGACGUUUUCCCUUCCGGUGCGGGCAGUGACAUCGAUCGUGUCGAAGAUGAUCUGGAACGAAGAGCUUCCUGCCUCGCUCGAUCAGUCCAGCGGGGUCGUCGUCUUCCACAUUAUCGAGGUCACACGCACGCAGCAACUUGCUCUGUCAAUCGCAGACAAAGUUGGGGCCAUGGUCGAGCAGAACGAAAAAGCGUUGGAUACGAAAAUGGGUGGCGUCGGUGGCUGGGGCGACCGCACCGAGGGUGCAAAGGGAGAAAAACGUGGCGAACAGACGCAAGAGCGUCGCGGCCGUUCUGACCGAACGAGAGGCGCCCGAGGCGGCGCUCGGGGCCGAGGAGCAAGAUUCGCGCAAGGCUUGGGUAACGAAAUGCCGUCGAGGACAGGAUAAGCAUCAUCUGCAUUAUGUAUCGUGUACAUUGACCAUUAACUGCUAUCUCUUUUCUCUUCAAUUCUCGACUGAAACAGUGCUUCUAUUGUACAUGAGGGAGGGUGCGUAUGAUAAGGGUGGAAGUGCCUGUCAGGAAUGUAUUUGUUCAGGGUGCCAAGAGAGCAGAACUGGAGAGCAAAAAGACAGCGACGUGCAGCAAAUGAAACGAUUAAGGAGAAGGAAACCCUCCAACGAUAUAUGGGUGAUUCAUCGCGCGUUUUGCUAGACAAAGAUCAGCCGACUUCAUAGAUCCCCAACGCAUCUCACCUGAAAUACGCAGUGCAGCAUCGUAAACGAGGGUUUGCUUCGGAACCACUGUUCAGGCAGACGCAAACGGUGUAGAAGGGUCUCGUACCCUGAGCAGAUCGACUCCAUCUUCAUCAAGGGACGGCACCACCCGCGCUAGGUCCUGCGCAGUCCAUUUCGGAAAUGUCGCCUUGUAAUCUGGCAACUUCUCGAUUCCAGGCCACAUAGUCUCGUUCGGAGUGCCCAUGAUGCUGUCACAAUGUGUCAGUUUUAGAUCUUCUCCCCAGAUCAUAUAGCGCACCGGAAAAUCCGGAAAAUUUGGUCAAUUUCGGAGUCUCCAGGAAACAAGGGUGCCCCGCGCAUGGCCAUCUCAGCCAGAAUACAUCCCACACUCCAAAUGUCAAGUGAUGUGCUGUAAUUCCGAGCACCUAGCAACACUUCUGGCGCUCGAUACCACAGAGUGACCACCUGAGUUGCAAAUCAAUCAAUCAACAAGUAGUUGGGCACAAUGUCGCACUUCGUGAGUGUAUGUCCUCAUCGGUAGACCAAAAGCUCGAGCAAGUCCAAAGUCUGCCAAUUUGAGGACUUCACUAUUACCAUGUUCAUCGCGCUGGCCUGUGGCAUCCUGUGCGAUGAGAAGAUUCUGAGGCUUCAGGUCACGAUGGAGGAUGCGAUGUCCGUGACAAAAUCGCAAGCCAGAGACCAUAUGUUGAGUGAAUUUCUGACGAAGAUAUCAAUACAUCCAGAAAGUGGGGUAUCACGUGGAGAUAGAGAUCUGAACAUUGGAGGAUUACACGCCCACGCGAUCAGACGCGCUAAUUCACGCGACCAGUGUGACUGUCGAUCAACAGCGCCCAAGUCUCUAUGUGGAGAUCUCGUGCCAAACGAUAACGCGCCAAAUAAGCGGGGCGAGACGCAACGGCACAUGAUACAGAGAAAUAGGAAUCCAAUGAAUCAAACCAAGAAAGCAUGGAAUCAAGCUACGGUCAAGAUUUGAAUAGCAGUUUCGAUCCAUGUCAACAGCAAGCGAAAGCAUCGCUAGCAGCAAAUGAGCAGAUAAAGGAGAGAUACGACAGCGGGAAUGAGAACGAGACGGGUGCACACAGAAUCCGGACACCAGGAAUGAUGCAUGUACGAUCGACAGAUGCGCAGGAACACCAUCUAGCAAGAAACAGUAACGAGGAUACGGACCUUGACAAUAUGGGGUGCAAUGGGCGACUGGUCGCGAUUGCCGUUCUCGAUAUAGCGCUUGAGAUCGACGUCUAGAAACUCGAAAACGAGGUAUAGUCGCUGGUCGGCAUGAACAAUAUCAAGUAACCUGGAGGAUCUGUUGAGCAUGUAUGGCGAGCCACGAAAGAGAUCAAACGCGCCUGACAAUAUAAGGGCUGUUCAACUCCCUCAGUAGACUGAUCUCUCGAAUGGCCGUGCUCGGUAUGCCCUCGUCCUCGGACUCCAGACGAAUCUUCUUCAAGGCUACGACGGCCCCCGUAGGUUUGUCGUGGGCCUUAUAAACGACACCAUACGUGCCUGAAUAGGAACGCGAUGGGUCGAGGCGACAUGCAUCUGUCGCGGCCUGGACACACCUUCACCUGGCGAGCUAUGAAUAAGGAGCACAAUAGGAGACCGCAAGAGACUUGCCAACUUUCUCCACCUUUUCGUAUCUGGAACGAUGUCGAAAUGAGAAUUAGCCGUCGACGAAGGGCUCGCCGGCUCACCGAUCCAUGGACUGUCUGGGUGGCAAAGACUGAGUGGUAGCGCAAGAAGCGGAUCAGGCGUGAAGCGUUAUGUAUGAGAUGUAGGAAUUACCUCACAGGGGAUCAGGAUGGGUGCCAGGUGGCGAGUCGACAAGUAAGACAAGACAGAUACGAAGAAGACAAGGCGACGCGUCUGAAACCGUGUUCCCAGUCCUUGUGUCUUCCAUUCCUGACCUUCACAGCCACAUAUCUCGCAGCUCGGCAAUCGAUUGCAGAAUCAUCUCUUUCAGUUUCACUUUUUGCCGCGAUCAGUCUAUGUCCGCACGUGAGAGAAAGCUUGCAGGCUACGGCUGUUUAUGACUACUGAACGAAUUAAAUGUCUUCGAGGCUAAAGCCGAUUUCUCAAGUGUGUGUCGCUGGCCUGUUACAUGAAAAGGAGACGACUGGUUUGCGCCAUUAAUCAGAAUCGCCUCUGUCCCUCAACUCCUGCAGACUCCUGCUCGAGACGGUGGCACUGGCGUUUCUAAGAAUAUUUAGAUGUAUUUUAUUAGAUUUUCUGCAUCAGUCAGAUUCCUCUCCAUCUGAUGUCGCGGUAUCGGUUGCUGCUGUCCAGUCUGAAACCUCGAGCUUCUCAUUUUUGAAAGUCUCUUCCCAUGGAUAGUGAGAAUUGAAAACCAGAUGGGGCGAAAUACAGACGGACCUCCUGCUGCCGCUUCAUAGCCAGCUUGUGUCACACAACGGACGAGCUCGCCCUUGGCCCCAACUUUGGUGUUCUUCCCCAGAAUACACCCAUCCAGCUUGACAC